GGUCUACCAAUAAUGGUGGUCCUUGUGUUUUGUCCUCAAAGCAGGCACGUGGGUAAGCAAUAAAUAUUGUUGCGAUAAAAAACGUGUAAGUCAUUAAGGGUCAAGAAAAUCUUGCGGUUUCUGUAAAGCCGUUAUGGGCCUAUAAAAGCCCAAAUUGUUUACCUGCGGAAAUCAGUGUGUUGACGAGCCAAAUCGAAAAUAAGUGGACAUUUUUAAAAAUAGGGCUCUAUUAGAUAAAAUGGCCAACGUCGCGGAAGAGUCAAAAGAAAAGCAUUACGAUGUCGAUGAUUUUUUGAGGCUACCUGUAAUUUUCUACAAUGUCAUGGGCAUAUCACCCUAUGAAACUGACCGAAAACCAACUGUUUGGUUUCAAAUAUAUUUCGUAUUGAACGUGGUUAACGUUGUGCUGGCCUUUACUGCUGAAAUCGCGUUCCUGGUAAACACUUUUCGCGAUAAUGAGAAUUUUCUCGAGAGCUGCAUCGUAUUGAGCUAUGUGUCCUUUGUGGUCACAGGACUUUUAAAGAUAUGCGCUGUGAUGAAUCGGAAGCCAAAGUUAACCAGUUUGGUUCGGCAAUUGAGGACCUGUUUUCCGUCGCCGAGUGCUAAGGAUCAGGAGGAAUAUGCUGUGAAGUCGUAUCUGGAUCGCAGCCAUAUGUACACAAAGGGAUUUGGUGGUCUCUACACGAUUACGUAUUUCGCCCACAUCCUUAUUCCCUUGUUGGUAUACAUCAUUCAGAGUGUGGUGCUCCAGUUGCCGGAGGUCAAGGAGGUUUUGCCGUUUUACCAACUGGAACCUUGGAAUUGGCACGGCUCCUGGAGGUUUUAUCUAUCCUUCUUUCACCAGACGCUCGCCGGAUAUACGGCUACAUGUGGAUCCAUUGCGGGUGACCUAAUGAUCUUCGCUGUGGCCCUUCAGGUCAUCAUGCACUACGAUAGACUGUCCAAGGCUCUGAGGGAGUUUAAGCUCCAAGUCCUUAACGAGCCCAAUGGAGUUAAUGAGGAUCUGAGAAAGUUGCAGUCCCUAAUCGCUAAUCACAUUGAUAUACUUCGGUUGCUUGGUGAAAAUGCUUGCUUAAUCCAUAAAUUAAACUAUUUAACUUUCAGACUGACCGAUGUGAUGAACGAGGUCUUUGGAGUUCCUUUGUUGCUAAACUUUUUGGCAUCUUCGCUGCUCGUCUGCCUGGUGGGAUUUCAAUUAACUAUCGCUUUCAAUCCCGAGUAUUUUUGCAAGCAGGUGCUACUCCUGACUUCCGCAUUGGUAGAGAUCUAUCUCCUGUGCUACUUCAGCCAGAUGUUAAUGGAUGCUAGCGAAAACGUGGGCUUUGCGGUGUACGAUAUGGACUGGACCGGUGCCGACAAUCGAUUCAAGAAAAUGUUAAUUUAUAUAUCUAUGCGAGCCCAGAAGCCAGUUUGCCUAAAAGCAACUAUUGUCUUGGACUUAUCCAUUGCGACUAUGACCAUCUUUCUUGGCAUGUCGUAUAAAUUUUUCUGCGCUAUAAGGACUAUGUAUCAAUGAAUUUACUUAGUAUAUAUUUAUUAUGUUAACAAGUAAUAUUAAAAAAGUAUCAAUCAAUAAGAA